GCUUGCACUGACCUCAAAAAUUGACUUGAUAGCGCAACCAUAAAGAUGUCUUUCAUUCAGUAAGCCUAAAAAUCUAACCAGAUAACUACAUCAAUUUAACAUUAAAAGUAUCUCAGGCAAUAAUUUCCCACCAUAAUACGUUAAAAAGGUUAUCAGUUGCCGUUUUGGGUGUUAAUCCGAUAAAUUUUAUACGCAAUAAAUGCUCAAUCCAGUUAUAUUGCCAUAUCAGUGGCAUAGUCCGAAAAUGGUGGAAGGAGGUCUGGCACGAGCAAAUGGCGGACAAGAUGGCGGUUACCAAACAUGAAAAUAAAAAGUGAUAUAUCUUUAAAAGAAAAGCGUGAAAGACGUAUUUAUUUAUGUUAAACGGUUAAGUGUUGUGUGUAGAAACACCAUGCCUCGCGGUGUCAAAGCUGAUGUCACGGAGCCGAUGGAAACAACGGAGGUAUUGGCUCAGGAGUGGAGAAAAAAAUAUCAAAGUUUCAAAACUUAUUCAAAUUUUACAAAGUAUAGUUGAAAAUCAACCCUGAGUUCUACUGAUACGUUUUUGAGAAGAAUACACCCUUUCGAUAAUUACGUCACACAGUUUUUGGUCCUGGAGCCUCAUUCUCAUUAGUAAAUUAUCCAAGGUGAUUGGCUCACGGUUCAUGAGAGCAAGGCUCCCAGACCAAAUGACCUAAUUAUCGAAAGGGUGUAUAUGCUCAAGCGUGUAUAUAUAAGUGUGCUGAGGCACACUUAAAAUGUUAAUUAAAAGCCAAGUAUAAUAAAACCACAUGACUAUUUACCAGCGACUGAUCACAUUGCAAAAAAUUCUAAAUGACUGGCAUUUCUUGUUAAAGUCUAAAGUCAGAUUUUUAUAUAAUAAACUUAUUCCAACCCCAAACUUAAAAUUGGUCAAGAAAAAAUUAAACAAUUUUUAAGUAAAACAGUUAAUUGAAAUAUAAAAAUAACAACCCAAAGCAGGCUUGAACCACCACACAGAAUGUAAUAGUCACAUGCCUUACCUGCCAAGCUAAUGUGAAGCUUGUUGAAAGCAUCUGUAAAAAGCACAUUUUAUAUUAGUAUUUACUAAAUAUAAUAACUAUCGCCCUUAGUUAUCAUUUUAUAACUAUUGCCCUUAAAUAUAAUAACUAUCGCCCGCACAUAGGUCUGUUUUCAGGCUAUAUAAUGACUGCCGGUCAUUUGUUAUAGCUACAAUGCUGUCUGUACUGCAGUAUAUGCAAAUGCUGUACUCAUGGUCAUUGGUCAGAGUGGCAAAGCAGAAACACAGGUUCGCUUCCUGCCAGAGGGCCUAAAAUUACUUUUUUAAUGGAAAUUUCCAUCUACUAACCCAUCCAAACAAAAGCAACAAUCCAUUCCAAAAAGUGAGGGGGGGGGACAAAGUUGACCAGUGGAUGCAAUAUAUAUUAUGGAUUAUAUUACGAAUGUCCAAAAAGUGAGAGGGACGCCCCCCUCCCCUCCAGGAUUGAUGCCCUUGCAUCCAAAUGCUGUAGUGCAACAAAUACAGAGUACCAUCUAGGGUGUUACAUGAGAACAUGGUUCCAGUGACUUAGGUCUAACUGGAAGCCUAUAAUUCUUUCUUAGCUGUGGCAUUAUGCUGUUCCAACAACUUGUCAACAGGAUGUGUUUGCACUGCCUGUUCCCAGCUUGUUGACAAGUUGUCAACAGCUUGUUGACAAUUAACCAUUUGCUACAAGGUUGUUGAGCUCAACAGCAGACCUGUUGUUCCAACAGGCAACAACUUGGUUUUUUUUUGUUUGUUGUUUAAACAUAUUUAUUUUCAUUAGCGUUUGCCCAAGAGCAUGAAGCUCAUCUACGGGGCUCACGCUACACAUUUUUACACUGAUAAAAAAAUUAUCACACUCGGAAAGUUGAACAACUGGUUCCCUUAUCAGUCAGAUUAACACAUAUUCGACUAUUGAAGGAAACGUUUGGUUUCCUUUAUAUAUUGUUGAACAAACAUAAAAAGAUUCAGAUUAUCUAAUAUAUCCAAAUUCGUAGAACCAUGAAGAAAAAUGUUGACUUUUUCUAAAUCCGACAAGAGAUACCAGCAACUUGACAAACUAACAGCAUUGUUACAACUUGUUGACUGCAAGCUUGCUACAAGCCUGUUGCGAACAUUUUACAAAUUUUUCGUCCCGCGGAAAAUUUUCUUCAAGUGAAAAUAGGCCUUCAGCUUAAUUCUAACAGAUUUUGCAGCAAUUUAGUUUUGUUAUUUUCCUAGACAUAUCAGCCUGUUAAUGCCACCACAAUAAUCAUCUUGCACCCUGGCUCGACAACGUUAUGGCUUGGCCGUGCCACAGAUCAUGCUCCACAGAGCAUGCCCCAUGUCAUUGCAUGGAAACGCCCUGCAUCUUGUACGCUCCAGAAGAAACCUGAUAGCUUUUUUGCCAGACCAGGUUUGCAUGUAUGUAUAAACCAAAAUGCUUAUGCUUUGCUUCAUUCUCUGUAAAAAAGCUGUAACAUAUAGUACUUCAAAAACUUAAUUCAUGAGGAAAGCACAAAGAAAAAUCAUCAUGCAUAAGUGUGUCGUAUCUUUACUGUAUAUGUGAUAGAGAUUUCCCUUGAUUUACAUAAACUUUAACUUUGAUUUGACACAACGUAUUUUUUGAAAAUUACUUCGCCAAUGAACUUACUACAACGAUCGUUUUUGAGGCAAUUUAAAACAUUCGCAGUGCGUGUUUUAUCAGACCUAAAGAUACUCGGCUUCGCAGUUCGCCUCGUAUCUUUAUAUCUCGGAGUGAUAAAACACUGCUGCUCAUGUUAAAUAUAGUACAUGCAUCAACAAUCUAAGAUGGGAUUUUUUUAUUAUAAGGAUAUAUAAUAUUAGUUAUUACACUUCUUCUUCGAAUGACCUAAAUAUUACACAUACCAAAAGGCAAAAAUCAUAUUUAAUUAACAAUUAUUGGAUGAGGUUUUUGUGAUAUGCGGAAUUAUCAAGGUCGAGGUAAGCGUUAUCAGCCGAGCCGAAGGCGAGGUUGAUAACGCUUACCGAGACCUUGAUAAUUUUGCAUAUCGCAAAAACCGAAUUCAAUAAUUGUUUUAUUAUACAUUUGAAAAUAAUAAACAUAGUAUUUUAAUACUAUAUGAUUCAAUAUGAUUUCUGGCAAAGCUGUUCAAGUAAAACGUUUCUAUAAACAAGUCUCCGGAAGUCCAACAGUUAAAUUAAUUACAAAUAUAGAAGAAACAUAUUAUCGUUAAGAUGUUAACGUAUUAAAAUAUUUACUUGUUAAAGUAAACAUUACAAUUAUGAAAUGUACAUUCAUUUGAAAAUUGAAAUGUACACUCAUUUGAAAUGUACACUCAUUCAAUUUCACGCAACCUACACAAAAUUCAGUUAUCUGCUAGCAGAUAACUGAGUUAUCUGCUAGCAGAUAACUGAAUUUUCUGUAGGUUGCGUGAUUGCGCGAUUUAACUGUACGCUCUAAGCCAAUCAAAUUGCUUUUACCAACUACAAUGUAUAAUAAACAAAAUUAUUGUGACAAAUAGCGGGAAAUGCAUGCACUUUUCGGACUUGUAAUAUUUUCAAAAUGGGAGUCAUUUGUGACCCUUGUUGUUAUUCAACUAUUAGCAGAAAGAGAGCGAGACUCAGCGAGAGUUAGCAUUGAGUAUUGUUGAACAAGGCAUUCUGACGAAAAAACCGAAAAAACACCAACAGUUACAAGAACAGGUUAGUGAGCAGGGAAAAACGUGUUUCUAAUUUUGUUUAUCAGUUUAUGCCCCGAUCUUGUUUACGCAAAAUGUUAAGUUUUCGGCAUUUUCGUUUCCACAAGGUUGUGUCAUUUAAUGCAGAAUCUGAAGCCACUGAACUAGAUGAUGAGGUCUCGCACAACCAGUGGACAGACAUCAGUGAGAGUCCGUCCUUUAUUAUUGGUGAACAGGUGAGGUUCAAUAAUGAACGGUGGAAUUCAGAGCUCCCAAUUUACACGAGAAGGUGAACUUGUCAAGGAAACUUGCUCGUCUGUAUGGGGCUUUAUAUGAUAUGGCUUAUGCGCCAGAAAGUACGCAAUGAAACCUUUUAGUUUACACAUGUAAAAACGUACAAGUUGUAACAAACCUGCAGCAGACUUGUAGCAAUCAGGAUGUGUUCGCACUCAUAUGCGUACCGGGCGGGGGGGGGGGGGGGGGGGCGGUAGCCCCCCAGUUUGUUUGGCAGUCGGGCAAUAUUUGAUCAACAGUCGGGCAAUUUUGGUUUGUUAUAAAAAUAAAUGGGACAAAUUCUGUAAAUUUUUUUGUCAAAUUUGUGUUGUUUGGAAAAUUUGUGUGAUGUUGCGAAAAAUGUUGAGUAUGUCCGGAAAAUUUUUUGACCCCUAAAAUGGUACACUGACCGAAAAUUUUUUGGCGACAGGGGGGGGGGGGAGUCGCCAAAAAAAUUUUUCCGGAAAAAUUUUUUUUGGUAAUAGUCGGGCACAAUACCGAAAAGUCGGGCAAAUUUCUUUCCGCCCCCUGAUUUUUUCCUUCCGGUACGCCCAUGUUCGCACUGCUUGUUCCCAGCUUGUUGUCAACAGCUUGUUGACAAUUUUCUGUAAGGUUGUUGAGCUCAACAGACAUGUUACAAGUUGUUCUUCCAACAACUUGUUCUUCCAACAACUUGUUAAUUGUUAUCAUUCUGCAAUCCAACAACUUGUCAACAGGAUGUGUUCGCACUGCUUGUUGGCAACGUACUACAAGGUUGUUAAGCUCAACAGACUUGUUACAAGUUGUUCCAACAACUUGUUAUCGCCCUGCAAUUCAACAACUUGUUAACAAGUUGUGAGUGACAACCUUGUAGCAACUUGAUAAAAUAACAGCAUUGUUACAACUUGUUGACAAGCUUGCCACAAGCCUGUUGCGAAUACAUCUUGUUGACAAGAUGUGUUCGCACUGCUUGUUCCCAGCUUGUUUUGUCAACGGCUUGUUGACAAUUUGCUACAAGGUUGUUAAGCUCAACAGACUUGUUACAAGUUGUUCUUCCAACAACUUGUUAUCGCCCUGCAAUUCAACAACUUGUUAACAAGUUGCGAGUGACAACCUUGUAGCAACGUGAUAAAAUUACAGCAUUGUUACAACUUGUUGACAAGCUUGUUAUACAAGCCUAUUGCGAGCACAUCUUGUUGACAAAUUGUUAGAUUUUUACGUAUGCAGUUUUAGAUUGUAUUUAGCUGAUUAUAGCUAUAAUGUUGAUCCUGUGACCCUAUCCAGGUAUCCCCAAUAAAGUUUGUUUAGUGUAGCAAAUAAAAUAUAAACCUAUACUUUAUCUAAAUUCAAGGCAAUGUAUAUAAAUGACAAUGAUCCAUACACAUUACACUGGCCAAUGAAAGGAGGCAGUUUAAACCUGCAUUCAGGUGUUGGGGGAUCAUUGACUUCAGUAUGUGCUGACUUAGAAGCUAUCUGGGCAUAUGGUAUUAAAACAUAUCUUGAUAUACCCAUACCAAGUCUACAGGUACGUAAUCUUUAUUAAUGUUAUGAUUAAUGCUAGAUAAUUAUCGAGUGUCGGUUCCAUUGAUAAGGAUCCACUUACUUCCACAACGAAGCAGUCGAAGAAUUUUCUACGUUUUCAAGUAGUUUCAUCCAUCAACCACUUUCUUCAAUGCAUUUGUUCUUUUCUUCUCGAUAGUUCCACAGAGCUGUACUUGUAGUUCCAGAUACUUUCAACAGACAACAUGUGAAGGAAAUGUUGAACAUCUUACUAUGCAGACUUGGAUUUUCCUCUGCCAUCAUUCAACUGGUAUGGAAUGAUAGGUCUUGUACAUUCAGAUGAGAGUCGUCAUGAGACGGCAUAGUCUUCAUCCUCUCUCUUAACAUUUAUGCAUAUAGGAGUCUGUCAGUUCUUCGUUUGGGUGUGGGAUAAGUUGUGGCUGCAUUGUAGAUGUUGGUCAUGAAAAAACUCACAUUAGUUGCAUUGAAGAUGGAUUAACGAUACCAUCGUCAAGGUAUGUGAAGAUUUGUGGUGUUUCAUUGCAGUGCCAUUACUGCACAUGGCAGUGUCGCCCACGAGUAAAAUGACCAUUUUAACAGAGUACUAGUAGAAUAAGAAAGGAAGACGCAGUAGGGCACUUGCAGAUCUGCCUCAUGGAUUAUCAAAAGACAUGGGUAAAUUUUCGGUUAACCCCUUAAGAAUGAUAGUACUACUUCAUGGGGCAAUUUAGGUUGCCACAAUAUUACCACCCUUUGUUGUUGGAAGUCUCAAUUCUUUAAACUUUUUUGUUUUAAAUUUCAUGUAACAUAUAGCUUCAUUUAUAGCUUAACAAUGCUUUCAUUGUUGUAAAGUUACUGUUGCAGCUUUGUUACACAGUUAUUCGGCUCUCAUUCAAAGGCUUCGAAAUUAUUGGAGGGGCCGGCUGUCCAGUGCCCCCUCACCCCAGUGUCCGCCACAGGUAUUCUUUUCCUGACAAGUAACACUUGAUGUUCAAAAGUGAAAUUAAAAAGGCACAUUGCGUCGCGUUUUGACUGGGCAAAAGGGAUGGGCAGAUUCUUUGGUUAUCCAUCAAGUUCGCACCAGUCCUCUUUGACAGAUAAAUUCAUCUGGUAUUUGACUAAAUUGUUUUACAAUCUUGACUUCCAUGAAGGCUGAUCCUGCAUUAUGGUGGAAAUGAUAUUACAAGAUGUUUCUUUUGGCUGUUGCGAAAGGUAUAUUAAUACUGUAUUUCUGAAUCGUAUUGAGAAAAGGCAUGUUAACAAAGAUUUAACUUUCCACUUACAGAUGAAUUUUCCGUACAAGGAGUGUAAUCCAUACAAUGAUAAAUUAGAUGUAUAUUUACUUAAAGAACUGAAGGAAACAUUUUGCCAUUUGAACCAGGUAAGCUACGCAGCCCGUGUUACGGGUGUUAGAGGCUGAUUACAUGGAGAGUUUUCAACCGGGACUGAGUUUCCUGAAAUUUCAGCCCGGCCUAGGGAUAAAAUCCUAUUAAAACACAGCAAACGAUUACAUGACAGAAAUCUCAGCCUGGGCUGAAUUUUUGAGCCCGGUUGAAGCCACUCGGGCUGAAAAUUUCAUCCCGGUUGCCGGGCUGAAAACAAGCAAAUAAGUGGCUUUGUUUCUGUCUGAUCUAUUUUUAAAUGCGACCAACAGUCUCGCAGAAGUCAAAUAAUAGACAUGAACGACAUUUUAAAUUCUUCGACGAAGCGGAAUAGUUUCCAUUUUGAGACUUGAUCGUUUCAGCUCUACCCUGGGUGCCAGAGCCUCUUGUGAUAGAAGUGAGGAGGCUCUGGUCACACGAGCAUCCAGCCUCACUUUGGUGAGUUCAAUAUUUGAACUCUGUUUGUGAUUGGUCUAAAUUUAUGCGAGUCUUUUCAUUGGUUAACCAACGCUCAUCGUGUCCUCACUUCUAUCACAAGAGGCUCUGGCACCCAGGGUAUUUCAGCCCGGGCUGAGAUUUCACCUCGGGUUUGAACUGGAAUUCUAACUCAUCCCAGGCUAAACUUUGCCAUGUGGUCGAGAAACAAUUUCAUGUCAGUUAACCGGGUUGAAAUUCAGCCCUAGAUUGACUGGCAAUAAACACAGUGCCAGAGGUCGCACUCCCAGCCAUAUUAUAUAGCAAAACCACAGGGUAAUCUAAUCUUUAUGCUGCAGGAUAUUCCGGCAGGUCAGAUUCACGAAUUUCAAGUGCAUCGUCCUGGCGUCAGGCCUUUGUUGUACGAGUUGAAACUUGGAGACGAAGUCAUGCAAGCACCUAUGGUAAACUUUUGUUGUUGGAUGUUAUUGGAUCAGUAUUUGAUGUAAUAUUUCAAGUCCAACUGUGAGCCCUACGGAUUCCACAGGAGUGCCUGUUUUAUAACACUCUCUCAUUAGUUCAACACUAAUUAAUUAGCUGUAUAUACCAUAUAGGUUUACAUAUAAGGAACUUUCUAUUCCAGGCACUGUUCUAUCCUCAAUUAUUUGGUAUUGUUGGUGAAAUGUUGGUGACAACGCCAAAUCUUCACUAUGAUGAUCCCGAGGACCUUCUUGAUGAUAAACAACUUCUUGAAGUAAUUUUUUAAAAUACUGCAUUAAUAUUAAAAUAUUACAGUGCCAAUUUUGGCCACAUAAUACUUAUGAUCUAUUACAUAUUAUCAAUAAGUAAUUCACGGUGUGGUUUUCUCGCCCAGUUUCGAACAACAGACACUCAUGAAUUUUUCAAAGACCUCAAAUUGCACUGGUCCUGGCUUCAGACUGGUGCAAUUUUGAUCGUCGUACAAAAAUUACCGAAGUACACUCCUGUUUUUCAGUCUGGCUCUAGGGAACCCAAAGCUGGCAAGGGAGAUCAGACAGUGGCGGAGACCGACGAAAUUUCCAAACCAACUGGACUGUUAACAAUGAAGAAGACCGCAGAUCCCAUUAAUCCAGAGAAAGGCCUGGGUCUCGACAACGCUGUCAUUUACAGUAUCAACUGCUGCGGUAAGAAAUGAUGCCUUGCUGGUUGGAAUUGAACCUUUGGAGCCAAAUAUAGUUGCUUUUUCUCAAUUGUUCCAUACACAUUCCAUAGAGUUUAUAUAGUUUUAUAUAUGCGUACAAAAUAAAUUGAAUUAAUCCG